AGGGGCCGCCAUUUUGCCGGCGCGCUGGCCAAUGGGGCCGGCUUGGCCGUUGCCCCGAGGGCCGCUGGGAGAUGUAGUUCGGGCCUGCUCAGAGCCUGCAGCCUGUUUGGCUCCCUCGGCGUCCCGGAGCCGGUGUCGCCUUGGGACAACCAUUCAUUCACGCCGGGAGCUGUGCGCCGUCCACGCUCUCAACAACGUCCUGCAGCAGCGGCUCUUCACCCAGGAGGCCGCCGAUGACAUCUGCAAGCGCCUGGCCCCCGACUCCAGGCUGAACCCGCACCGCAGCCUUCUGGGCACCGGCAACUACGAUGUCAACGUGAUCAUGGCCGCUCUGCAGGGCCUGGGCCUGGCGGCCGUGUGGUGGGAUCGCCGCAGGCCUCUGUCCCAGCUGCGCCUGGGUCACGUGCAAGGCCUGAUCGUGAACCUGCCGUCUCCGGUCUCCCUGGGGCUCGUCUCGCUGCCCCUGCGCCGUCGACACUGGGUGGCCCUGAGACAGGUGGACGGCACCUACUACAACCUGGACUCCAAGCUGCCCGCGCCCGCCGCCCUGGGCGGGGAAGCGGAGCUCCGGUCGUUCCUGCAGGACUUGCUGACCCAGGGCCCCUGUGAGGUUCUUCUCGUGGUGACCAAAGAGGUGGAAGAGUCCGGGAGCUGGCUGCAGGCUGACUGACCUCACCGCCUGCCUGACCUCCGAUUCUGCCUGGGGGGACGUCGGGGCUGGGGGGUAGGGACCCCGGCUCUGGCUGUGUUUACAGGAAGUCCCCAAGGGAGGGGCCGAACCCCGUCUCAGGGAGGGAGAGCUGCCGGGAUGCCCGAAGAGGAGGGGCCGAGCCCCGUCUCAGGGAAUGGGUGGGGAAGGGACCCCCGGGGAGUGGUGGGGUCCCUGUCUAGGAAGGGCCAAGACCCCCAACCCUGGGGGAUUGAAUCUGCCAAGUGCUGAGAUGCAUCUCUCUGUGUGUAUGUGCUCUCUGUUGGUUUCUCUCCAUCUUUAUCUCUGUCUAACUCUCUUCAUCUCUCCAUAAUUUUCCUCUCCCUAUCUCUCGCUCUGCCUGCAUCCCGGACGGAUUCCCGGUGUGGGAGAGCGAGUGUUCUCCAACUGGGGACCGGGUGGCAGUCGGGACCGAGAGGGAGCGGGGAAGCCUGGACCCAGGUCGUGUUUAUUCCCACCCCGAGGCCUCUGCACCGUUCUAACGGGCUGCGCUGCGGCGCUGACUCUGACCUCUGACCUUUGCACCCCGUGGCGGCCUGCUGCCUCAAUAAACUGCUGCAUUGGCUUGCAA